GGAAAACUCGGGAGUGGUAUGCUGCAAAUGAGACGCACCGUGGCAGCAUCAAAAAGUUCAGUUAAUAAACCCAAAUUCCAAGCCCCUGUACCUUGUAAAAUGAGACAUGAAACGUAUGGAAAUGGCGGAACGGCAUUGGGAAGGAGUUGAGGCCUGGUGGGCGGCGUCGUGGGCAACCACACAUCUUCGGAGCCUCAGCCAACACAAUUGACCAAAACCUAUUAUUUAAUUUUCUUUUAUUUUUUAAGAACUAAAAUGAAAAAAAAAAAUUAAAACCCUACCGCUUCUCAUCCUCUUUUACCUUCGACUUCUCCUGCCGUCGCCGCUCCCUUUCAUGGCUCCUUGCCGCCACCACCGCUCCCUCCACUUGCUGCUCCCUUCCAAAAUCCCAAAAAACCCCAAAUCGGUAGAAAACCUCUUCAUCGGAUUUUAGUGCUGCUCCUCUCCUGCUUAAUCUCCUCAUCAUGGGUGUCCACAGUAGAGACGCAGGCCGCACCCACGCGGUAAUCCACCUCGAUUUUGGUCGCUGGUGAAAAAGAGACCAGAAAAUCGAGAAAAGCUCGAACGAUGCGACGGGAGAUGGGGGAAUAUGAGUGCAUGUGUAGAGGAGAAUGGACUUAUUAACGACAUCUACAUAGAGAGAAUCAGAGAAGAAGAUAUGAAUAAUGAAGAUUCGGCCAAAUCCCUACUUCCUCUUUUGAUUCUGGACCCUCAAUCACACCAAGAAUAUUUGCAAGCUGGAUUUCUUAUGUUGGGGAUUCAGGCAUUCCAGGUCGAGGAAGGUCAGUUUUCCGGCCACCAAGUCCAAUCUCCGACACUGCUCCGCCACCAACCGCCGCCAUCAAUGCAUCCGCCUUAUUAACCCAAUAAUUAGCCUUAUUCUUCAAGAUCUGCAAAUUCCCAGCGAACUCCGACGAAGAAGCCAGAACCUGAUUCGAGGUUCCAAAUUCUACCCUUUCCAUCUGCGUCUCUUUCCAGCAUCGUAAGUUUACGCUCUCCACAACUGUAUAACCCCUCUUUCAUUCUAUAAGAAUCGACGGCACACUUUUAAGUAAACCGCUAUGUUCCCUAGUUUCCGCUGGCUCUCCCACUACUCCCUUCAAUGGGCACAGCUGAAAAACCACAACCCAUUUCUUGAUUCUUGUAGAUUCCACCAUUUCAACACAAAGUCAACUACUUUACCACCCGAAACCCCCCACAAUACCCCCACAGUGGCAAUUUUCUGGGAUCUGGACAACAAGCCCCCUAACUCGAUUCCUCCUUUUGAAGCAGCCAUGAAACUCAAAAGGGCAGCAUCCUCAUUCGGGGUAGUUCAACACACGGUGGCUUACGCCAAUCGGUACGCCUUUAGUUAUGUGCCGCAAGCAGUGAGAGAGCAGAGGAAGGAUAGGAAGUUGCUGAACCAGUUAGAAAACAAGGGCGUCAUUAAGCCAGUAGAGCCCUAUGUGUGCAAGGUUUGCGGGAGAAAGUUCUGCAACAACGAGAAGAUGCUCAAUCACUUCAAACAAAUCCACGAGCGGGAGCAUCAGAAGAGAGUGAACCAGAUCGAAUCGGCUCGAGGGAAGAGGAGGGUGAAUUUGGUUGGCAAGUAUGCUAUGAAGAUGCAAAAGUAUAGGAAUGCUUCGAGGGAGGUUUUGACUCCGAAAACUGGGUAUGGGUUAGCAGAUGAGCUGAAAAGAGCAGGGUUUUGGGUUGGGACUGUUUCGAACAAGCCACAGGCGGCUGAUGUGGCGUUGAAGGAGCAUAUGGUGGAUGUGAUGGACAAGAAGAAGGCUGAGUGUGUUGUUCUUGUCUCGGAUGAUUCAGAUUUCGUUGGUGUGGUUAAGGAGGCGAAGUCAAGGUGUUUGAAGACCGUCGUUGUUGGGAAUUUGGAGCAUGGGGCGUUGAAGAGGAUUGCUGAUGCAGGGUUUUCUUGGCAGGAGGUUUUGAUGGGGAAGGCUAAGAAGGAAGCCAUCUCAGUUGUGGAGAAAUGGAGCGACCGUGAGAUUUUGGAGAGGUUGGAGUGGAGGUUUGAUCCGGAGAAGGAGAGAGACGCUUAUGCUGCUGUGGAUGCAUUCUACAAUGGGACUGAAUGCAGUCUGAAUUGUGCAGAAGCUGUGAAUUUUGCUCCUGCUGACUGGAUACCUCAUGGUGGUUCGGAGCCAAGCUGUAUCAGAUGCUUCUGCAGUGUUCUGGUGAGGAAGAAAUCCAAUGUUGAUUCGAUGGCCAUGGAUUUCCAAAAGCUGGUCUCUGAACUGUCCUUGGCUGGAUUUGUCGUCGGACUCCCAUUGGUGAUUGGACAGAAAUAAGAAGUCGCCAAAUGGAAAUGAAAUGCAUCUCUUUGUGGAUGACUUAUCUAGAACAGGGAAGCUUAGGAGUUUACCCUAUACUUAUUGGAAUGAGUGCUUUUCAUCAAAGAUCAUUGGUCUUCUUAUAGAACAAUUAAGAUUGCAUCCUUUUGAAGUGAAAACCAUGCAUGACAAGUUUGCUGCAUUUACAAUCCUCCAGGGGUAUCUAGAUUAUAUGAACAAAAGGCUGAAGUCCGUGGCAGCAGAAGGAAACCCUUCAGAUACUGUAAGUUGCAGUUCUAUACAACUACUGCGGAAGAAAAAACUUGACAUCAUCAUACUUCUACUCCCAUUUCUCUUGUGAUCUUUGCAUACACGGUGAUGACCUCUUUCUGGUGCUUGCAUGAACUUCGAGAUAGAAGUCUUUUUUACUUUCCUUUGGGCCAUGGUAGCCAGUGUUCCUUAGAUCGUAGAAGUUACAUUGCAAAAAAGAAAAUCAACUCUAUUUUUACUGUGCAAACUAUUAAAUCUACAAUGGUAGUGUUUUGACGUUGCUAUCAAAAUAUGGAUUGGAGCCCAGUACCAUGUGUGGGAGCCAACACUUUUAGAACAUAGUAUGCUGAAAGGGAUUGAAUCAAUUAGUUUGGAUUUGUUCCUCUGUUUGGUUAAUGGCCCUAAUGUGGAAAUCUCUUAGCAGAUCUUUUCCGCCUUUUGGAAGGUGAGUUAAGUGUGUUGCUCGUCAUUUGUCCCACUUUGCAAUUUGUGCAUCUUAGAGGGAAUGUAAAGGAAUAGAAAAAAGGAGAAAGAAGGGAAUGCUGAAGUUGUCUCUUUCAAAGUUUACCAUGAUAAUCCAGGCAUGAACUUCUCUGGCUGGGUUCAAAUAACUGAUUAGCAAUCCUUGCAAGAUGGUACAGAAAUUAGAAAGCUUUUCUGCAACCUUAUCUUCUGGAUAUUGACGCCUUCUUUAGCUCUUAAAGCCAAAAACUCCCUCAAAGGGAGAGUGGCUUUUUUUCAUGUCAUGCACGAACCAUUUUGGCUCAAUAUGGGAGUAACACAGCUUUUUAGUAACACCAGUCGUGGGCUUUUUCCGUAAAGGGGAAGCUCAAGCUAGCCUUGCAGUUAGGGCUGCAAAUGAGUCGAGUUGAGUUUUACCUCAGUUUGAGCUCGGCUCGUAUAUAAACGAGUCGAGCUCGAGCUCGAGCUAGCUUGUUUAUUAA